GAGACAAAUCACAUUUCACCGUAGCAACCUGCUAAUAAAAUAGCAAGUUGCCAUGCAACAGAGGGAGGUCCGCAGCUGUUGCCUUGAAGCCAAUAUUUUCUGAACAGGGCUCAAGCCCCUUAAUUAUUUUUACGACGACGCCGUUGUUUGUCUCAUUUCCGACUUUGACCUGCCGGUUGACGAGUGGAAAUUCAGCGGGGCUGCUUGAAAGCUGUCCAGUCACUGCCCCAUACCCCCGGACUGCGAGAUGGCGGCGGCGCGCGUGGCGAUGGCGGCGGUGCUGAUGGCGGCCCUGGUGCCGGCCUGCCUGGCCAUCCACUACACCGACUGCGGCUCCAAGGGCGCCACCAUCAGCGACGUCAGCAUCACCCCGUGCGGCAACGGGCCCAAGUGCGUGCUGGUGCGCGGCCAGACGGCCACGCUGAACAUCACCUUCACGGCCGGCGAGGAGAGCAAGUCGGCCACCGCCUCAGUGCACGGCAAAGUCUCCGGCGUGCCCAUCUUUGUGCCGUUCGAGCUGCCCGACGACAACGCCUGCACGGCUGGCGGCAUGACGUGCCCGGUGGCUAAGGGCUCGGCGCAGCACUACUCGCAGGCCAUCGCCAUCAAGAGGAUCUUCCCGGCCGUCUCGGCGCUGGUCAAGUGGGAGAUCCUGGACGCGGAGAAGAAGGACAUGAUCUGCCUGCUGAUCCCCGUUCAGCUCCACUGAGCGGUUCCAGUCGGCCGCGGGGGUGAGGCAGGGGCAUCGGAAGACAAACGUCAGUGGUGACGUGAAAGGGGUGACAUCAACCAAGAACAAACAGUCUAAUUAAUGACUUAAUUAUUCGAAAAUUGACUUUCUGGAUAUCCAGUGCAAAAUAAUCCGUGCACUUCCAUGUCUCGUAUCCAACAGAACUCCAACAAUGACAUUUUUACGAAGCUGGAUGUCUCUCCGCCCCUGGGCCAGAGUCCACUGUUUUGUGGUGUCCGUCGCAGGCCGGAUGUUUGCCACCCAGCCGCCGGCGAGGGCACGGAGCGUGUCGACCGACCGCUAUCAGCCCCCCCCCCCCCCGCUCCCAUAUCUCGAGUGGUGUGCCUUGUUCCGCGGACUGUGCAGAGGCUAAUUUAGAGUGCUGUGCCCUACCAUAGUGUAAUAAAUAACGCCCUACCCUGUAUAGCGGAUGUCAUGGUGUUCGAGGGCUGCCUACCAAGUACCAAAGUACACUGUAACAAAUGGCGAAUAAUGUACAAGGCUGAAUCAUUUGUCGCCUGUUCGUAAAGGUUCUGAUGCUUUUGCUUGGCGAAUGUUUAGGCAUGUUUAGCAUGAUUUGCACUUUUCCUUCGUGUGUUCAGUGGCGGAUCCAGGCUCAGAACUGCAGAGUAUAAGUGGUUAUUUCAAUUGAUAGGUACACUGGAGCAUAUCUUAGUGUGACCUGGCUUCAAAUUAACGAACUAAUAUUUGGCCAGCUCCCGAAAAUGCGUGCUUAGAAUCGAUGUCGGGUUCAUCUAUGGUGUAAUUUCUUUCAAUUGGGCUGGAUUUACCACGAUCUUGAUUCGUACCUUCGCGUGCUGCGCUUACUGGUCAUGCUUAUGUGUUUUCCGCGGAGUUUCGUUUCACAAAAACCACAUACUUUGCUCUGUGUGUCCUGUAGCCUGAAUUUCAAGCGUCUUGCCAGCCGCAUUGCAUCGGCCUGCUUUGUUUAUUCCGUUUUUUUUUUUAGACUUGUGGGGUUAGUAGUUAGACGUAGUAGCUGACGUACGUAGACGUACUUAGCUGAGCUCAAGACCCUAGCUGCGCUGUUGUGUAGCGCAAGAGGCACCUGUAACCGCGUGUAUUUAGCUGUGUGCAUCAUAUCAAACUCAAGUAUCAAAUAAACGUAUUCUUUCAA